AUGGCGAGCUUCGGGACUGAUGCUGAGCAGGAACCUCUUUUAGGAGACCGCACACCCGGAAGCAGAGAAUGGGAUGUUAUAGAAACUGAAGAGCAUCAUAAGGCACGAUGGAGAUCUAUAAGGAUUCUGUAUCUUACUAUGUUUCUCAGCAGUAUAGGGUUUUCUAUUGUGAUAAUGUCAAUAUGGCCAUAUCUCCAAAAGAUUGAUCAGACAGCUGAUGCAAGUUUUCUGGGCUGGGUUAUUGCUUCAUUUAGUCUUGGCCAAAUGGUAGCUUCACCUAUAUUUGGUUUAUGGUCUAAUUAUAGACCCAGAAAAGAACCUCUUAUUAUCUCCAUCUUCAUUUCGGUGGCAGCCAACUGCCUCUAUGCAUAUGUCCACAUCCCAGCUUCUCAUAAUAAAUAUUACAUGUUGGCUGCUCGUGGAUUGGUGGGAUUUGGAGCAGGAAAUGUAGCGGUUGUUAGAUCAUAUAUUGCUGGUGCUACUUCCCUUCAGGAAAGAACAAGUGCCAUGGCAAACACAAGUGCAUGUCAAGCAUUAGGUUUCAUUCUUGGUCCAGUUUUUCAGACUUGUUUUGCACUCAUUGGUGAAAAGGGCGUGACAUGGGAUGCUGUUGAUCUGCAGAUAAACAUGUAUACAGCACCAGUUUUACUUGGCGCCUUCUUGGGAAUUCUAAAUAUUAUUCUGAUCCUUACUAUAUUAAGGGAAUAUCGCGUGGAUGAUUUAGGACGACAGUGUAAAAACAUUAAUUUUGAAGAAGCAAGUACAGAUGAUGCUCAGAUCCCCCAAGGAAACAUUGAUCAAGUUGCUGUUGUGGCCACUAAUGUUCUAUUUUUUGUGGUUCUAUUUAUCUUUGCCCUUUUUGAAACCAUCGUUACUCCAUUAACAAUGGAUAUGUAUGCCUGGACAAGAGAACAAGCUGUUUUAUAUGAUGGAAUAAUACUUGCUGCUCUUGGAAUUGAAGCAGUUCUUAUUUUCAUGGGGAUUAAAUUACUUUCCAAAAAGAUUGGCGAGCGUGCUAUUCUACUGGGAGGACUCAUCGUUGUAUGGGUUGGCUUCUUUAUCUUGUUACCUUGGGGAAAUCAGUUCCCCAAAAUACAUUGGGAAGAUUUACAUAAUAAUUCAAUCCCUAAUGCCACGUUUGGGAAAAUUAUUACUACUUUCUGGAUAUUUUCAAAAGAAGAUCACUAUGGUGGAGGACCAGUUGGCUGCCCAGUUGAACAAACUUGGUGCUUGUACACCCCUGUGAUCCAUCUGGCCCAGUUCCUCACAUCUGCCAUCCUAAUUGGAAUAGGCUAUCCAGCCUGCAAUGUUAUGUCCUAUACAUUAUAUUCAAAAAUUCUAGGACCAAAACCUCAGGGGGCGUACAUGGGCUGGUUAACAGCUUCUGGAAGUGGAGCUCGGAUUCUUGGACCCAUGUUCAUCAGCCAAGUAUAUAGUUACUGGGGACCACGAUGGGCAUUCAGUCUUGUGUGUGGAAUAGUGUUACUUGCCAUCACUCUCCUGGGAGUGGUUUACGAAAGACUUGUUGCUUUCUCUUUAAGACAUGGGAGGAUUCAAGAGUCAACUAGCUAAGACUGUGAUGAAAAAGUACUUGCUGCCUGGAACUUUCUAGUCUAAGGCUUUGCUAGAAUAUUACUAUAAGCCAGCCUCCAAAGGCCAGACUGUGAAUACUGAAUAUCUUGAAUAACAAGAAUAUAUACUGAGUAACAGGGAAUUUUAUGUGUAAUUAUGAAUACUAAGAUAAUAUGAAAAUAUUGUAUCAUAAAUUC